GCCAAGGGUCCGGUCGCGCGGAGGGACCGCAGGCGAGGGGCGGCCUGGGCUCCGGGGCCGGACGGGAAGGGCCGGGCUGGGGCGCCGAGGGCCCCGAGGCCGCGCCGCCGGGACUCGGAGAUGGAGAGCCCCGGGGCCGCGGGAGGGGGCUGCCGCCGCAGACCCUCGUCCCUGGGGGCUGCGCCUCGCCCUGGCCAACCCCGCGCGGUCGCGUGUGCCGCGAGGCGUCGGGGUCCGCGGGGACUGCGCGGGUCGCGGGGGCUGGAGACGGCCGGCACGGAGACCCUGCGGGGGCCCUUGAGGCACUCUCGUCCGGGGCGGGGAGGAGAGGGGCCCUGGGCACCCGUCUCCGGGAGGGCACACUGAGGGGUCCCCGAAGUCGCCUUCCAGAGAGUUUUGAUUUAAAUAUAGAACAGCGCCUGGAGCCCUGGAAGCCUUUCACGUCCUAGACCUGACCGGGACGGGUAGGACAGGCUACUUUCUUCAGAAUGAUUCCCUGCAGAGCCGUGCUGUCUUUUGCCCGAUGUCUGAUCCGGAGAAAAAUCGUCACUCUGGACAGUCUAGAAGAUUCCAAAUUAUGCCGCUGUUUAUCCACCAUGGACCUCAUCGCCCUGGGGGUUGGAAGCACUCUUGGUGCUGGGGUUUACGUCCUGGCUGGGGAGGUGGCCAAAGCAGAUUCUGGUCCCAGCAUCGUGGUGUCCUUCCUCAUUGCUGCCCUUGCUUCCGUGAUGGCAGGCCUUUGCUAUGCUGAAUUUGGGGCCCGAGUUCCCAAGACUGGGUCUGCGUAUUUAUACACCUAUGUCACUGUUGGAGAGCUGUGGGCAUUCAUCACUGGCUGGAAUCUCAUUUUAUCUUAUGUGAUAGGUACAUCAAGUGUUGCAAGAGCAUGGAGUGGCACCUUUGAUGAACUUCUUAGCAAACAGAUUGGUCAGUUUUUCAGGACCUACUUCAAAAUGAAUUAUACCGGCCUUGCAGAGUAUCCUGACUUUUUUGCUGUGUGUCUUAUAUUACUUCUAGCAGGUCUUUUGUCUUUUGGAGUGAAAGAAUCAGCUUGGGUGAAUAAAAUCUUCACAGCUAUUAACAUCCUGGUCCUUCUUUUUGUUAUGGUUGCUGGGUUUGUGAAAGGCAAUGUGGCAAACUGGAAGAUUAGUGAAGAGUUUCUCAAAAAUAUAUCAGCAAGUGCCAGAGAGCUGCCUUCCGAAAAUGGAACAAGUAUCUAUGGGGCUGGUGGCUUUAUGCCGUAUGGCUUUGCAGGGACUUUGGCUGGGGCUGCCACCUGCUUCUAUGCCUUCGUGGGAUUUGACUGCAUUGCAACAACUGGUGAAGAAGUCCGGAAUCCUCAGAAAGCGAUUCCUAUUGGAAUUGUGACUUCUUUGCUUGUUUGCUUUAUGGCCUAUUUUGGAGUCUCUGCAGCUUUAACACUUAUGAUGCCAUACUACCUCCUGGAUGAGAAAAGCCCUCUUCCAGUAGCAUUUGAAUAUGUUGGAUGGGGUCCUGCCAAAUACGUUGUUGCAGCGGGCUCCCUCUGUGCUUUGUCAACAAGUCUUCUUGGAUCCAUUUUCCCAAUGCCGCGGGUAAUCUAUGCUAUGGCGGAGGAUGGGUUGCUUUUCAAAUGUCUAGCUCAAAUCAAUUCCAAAACGAAGACACCAGUAAUUGCUACUUUAUCAUCGGGUGCGGUGGCAGCUGUGAUGGCAUUUCUUUUUGACCUGAAGGCCCUUGUGGACAUGAUGUCCAUUGGCACUCUUCUGGCCUACUCUCUGGUUGCAGCAUGUGUUCUCAUCCUUAGGUACCAGCCCGGCUUGUCUUACGAGCAGCCCAAAUGCUGUCCUGAAAAAGAAGCGCUGGGAUCAUGUGCCAGCGCUGCCUCGAAAAGCGAGUCCCAAGUCACCAUGCUGCAGGGGCAGGGUUUCAGCCUGCGGAUUCUCUUCAGCCCCUCGGCUCUGCCUACGCAACAGUCAUCUUCUCUCGUGAGCUUUCUGGUGGGGUUCCUCGCAUUUCUGGUUCUGGGUCUGAGCAUCCUGACCACUUACGGAGUCCACGCUCUUGCCCGGCUGGAGGCGUGGAGUCUCGCUCUCCUUGUGCUCUUCCUCGUUCUCUGCAUCGUCAUCGUGCUCACCAUUUGGAGGCAGCCUCAGAAUCAGCAAAAAGUAGCCUUCAUGGUUCCAUUCUUACCAUUCUUGCCAGCCUUCAGCAUCCUGGUGAACAUUUACUUGAUGGUCCAGUUGAGUGCAGACACGUGGAUCCGAUUUAGCAUUUGGAUGGCACUUGGUUUCCUGAUCUACUUCGCUUAUGGCAUUAGACACAGCCUGGAGGGUAAUCCAAGAGAUGAAGAAGAUGAAGAAGAGACGUACUCAGACAACAUUCAUGCAACAACAGAAGAAAAAUCGGCCAUUCAAGCCAACGACCAUCACCAAAGAAACCUGAGUCUGCCUUUCAUAUUCCACGAAAAGACGAGCGAAUGCUAACGCUUACAGGAGCUGAGUUGGGCCACAGUCUUAACAUACCUAUCCUCCGUGGAGUAAACCGUGACAGGGUGUCAGCAUCGCGCUAGGUUGCUGUGGGUUUGCUGCAAACAUAGUUCACUCUAACUUAUGCUUACCUGAACAGCACCUCCUCAGAUGGUGAAUUAUGUACCUGGGGAGACCUCCCAAGCCCUCUCCUCAGUGGCGAAUACCCCCCAAAUAGCAGGAGCGUGUGUGUGUGUGUGUGUGUGUGUGUGUGUGUGCGUGCGUGUGUUGGGGUAUAUGAAUGUGGAAAGUUGGUUGUGUUUUACUACUGCCACAUUACAUUUUUCCGGUGUUGUCAUUAAUUGGUGGCUUAUAGCACAUGCUGAAAUGGAGGCAGUCACUGAAUAGAAGUGUUUUGUAUGUGCCUGGUGCGUUUGGGGAAAUACCUGUUGCUUUUCCUUAUUAGGUGUCAUUAAUGUCAAUUAGAACAUCCUAAAAAUGCACUUACCCAUUUGGUGUCUGUCAUUGGUCAGGAGCAAGAGGAGGGGAUAAGAAAUGAGCCUUUUCUAUAACUUAUAAAUGCCAGCAGUGGGUUUAGUAGAGAUUUUUAUUCUAUGAAGGAUGGCACUUUGCCCAAACUUCAGCCGCCACGGGAUUUGUUCCUGCGAUAUACCACAUGGGGCAAAAGUGGUGUUCUGUGUCACCCAAUGGGGCCUCUUUCAACCGCUGUCUUUUUUAAGAGAUGUGCUCUUUACAUAUGAAGACUUCACCUCCUGUGAGUGCUGUAUAUCCCUCAGUCCAGUCAGGGAUUUGAGAGCAGUAUGUGUGAUCUACAUGGGGCCUUUUAUGCUAGAAAGUGAAGCUGGUCCUCAUGGCUGGAAAGCUUGCGUGAGUGGCAGUGACGAGGGUAUAUUUGAAAAUCAGAGUUAGACAUAAGCUUGGAAAAGUAGACACUAAGCAUCCUUGUCUUUAAAGUCACUUAAAAUAAGCCAGUAGAAUCUUCUAGGUCACACAGUUGGUAGAACGAUUCAUACUUUUUUCUAUUACUUAACAACUAAUCACAAUUCAGUUUUUUUAAACCUCCUCAGGUACAGAUUUCACUCCUUUGUUUCUAUUAUUUUGUCUUGUCCUAGACAUGAGGGGCUACAGUAGCAAAUUACAUCUUUAUUACAUGCCAAAGAGGAGAACUGAAGGGACACGAGAAGAAAAAAUUGCCGUUUUGAGUUUAAAGUGCCUAUUCAGAUAUUAAAUUGCAUUUGACCGAGUUUGAAGGGUUUGGAUCUAAUUUGCCUUUGUUGUAUCUUUUGGAAACAUUGAAAGAUGUUUUUCUUCCCCCAAUCCCAUAAAUUGUUUGGCACUUUUUAUCUCAUUUAUUUUUAAUUGACCACACUAAAUCUAUUAAUAAAAACUCUAGUAACCCAACAGUGUUUGGGGAAUAAAAUAUUUUAGUUAAAUACAUGAUUUUUAAAACCUCCAACUGAAAAAAUGUAACCUAAUUAAAUUAAAGCUAUAUAAACACAGUAACGUUUAUAUAAGUAAAUGAUUUGUUUUUACAUGUAAGAUUCUCUAAUUACUAUAUUUUACUGGAUAAUGUUCUCUAGUAGUGGACUGUUUAUCUGCAGUGCGCUUUGCUUCUAAUGAAUUGUUUUUCUUACAAAUAAUUACAUGGUUUACUAGGUGAGGCUAGAGGCUAAAAACUUACAUAUAUGGGUUACAUUCCCAGGAUAAAUGUUAUCAAGCACACCAGUUGACCAGCUUAGUCAAAAGGCAAGGAAAACAUUUGUUUUCUGACAGCACUUCCAAGAGAUUAGUUAUUUCACUGAUGCCAUUAAAAAGCAAGUUGUGAUUGUUUUGUUGAACCAAGAGUUUAUUGUGAGUAAAUAUCAGGUAAACAGGUAGAAAGCCUGGGUUUCUGGCUGCUAUUGUUGAAGCAUCCCUGACCUAGAACUCAGUCCUGACAUUCCACAGUUUCCAGGCUGCACAGGGUAAAAUCUGAAGCCCAGAAUUCUCUUUUAAGCAUGUUUUGCUAGAGAAGAAGAGUUGGAUAUGCAAGGGGUAAAAUAUUUCUGUAAGGACUUUACGUAUGAUCACAAGUCCUUGCUGUUAGAGUAAUACACUGAGAACACCCUUUUAUUCUAUAAUCAAUCUAGAAUAGACCCUUAACACAGGGAACAUAAGGAAUUUCCUACAUAAAUAUUUAGGUCUUUUACUGUAACAAAAGAAAUUUAUUUAGAAUGUGAUAGGCAGCUAAAACUAUUAUGCCCACUGUGUUCAAUUAGGAGAAGAAUUUAGUUAAAAAUUAUUUUUCCACAUUAAAACACUUUGCAAACACAAGUAUCUAUGAAAAGAUGCUUCGUCGGUGACUGUGCUUUUUUUCUGUGAAGACUCAAAUAUGUAUGAGUCAUAUCCCUGUAUGAGUCUGUGUAUAUAUAUAUAUGUAUAUGUCUGUGUAUUUCAAAUAGUGUAUAAGUCGGUUGGGUUUAUGAUGGGCUUUGGAAACAAUACCAUUAUAUGGAUUUAAAAAAAAACCCAAUUGAUGUGGAGAAAAAAUAAUGUUUUAUAUUGAUAGGUAUGCUUAUACAAAAUUUUUAGGUUUUAAACUAUUUUGCAAUAUACAGCAAUUUUAUAUGUAUGAUAUUUUCUAUAGAUUCUUUAAGAAAGAUAUAUUUAUAAUGUAAUAUGGAAUCACUAAACUCUAUUAUAACAGGUGCUUUAUAAUCUGAAAUGGAGUAGGGGUAGGAGCUAUUAGGGUAUUUCUGUUUACUUGUUUCUGUGGCCCCUUUUCUGACAUCUCUGUCUUGCUCUGUGUUUAUUAGUAAAAGCCCGUAUUUCUGGCUCUUUUAGCAGCCUCCCAUAUCUACAUCUGAAUUCAUAACCUAAAGAACAAAAUAUUGCUUUUACUUUCUUAGGAUUACCAAAAUGUUUUGUAUAGAUUUGACUAGUAGUCAGUCACACUUAUACAAACUCCUCUCCAGGAAUGAAAAAAUACAUACCACACAAUCUCUUAAUUGUGACUGAGUAAAAACAGUUUAAAUUACUUUUCUUUCCUACACUAGGAAAUAUGCUGUCUUAACAUUUUCAGUGAGAAACUUAUAAUAGCACCAUUAUUUUAAGCUCUUGAGAAAAGGGAAAAGAUGACUUAUAAAUAACCAUAUAAAGGCAAUAUGCCUACCCUCUAUUUAAAAAGGUAGCUAUACAAAUCCAAGUUUAAAACCUAUUUAUGAGAAAACUUAUGUUAGAACUUUUGAUCAAUACCGAGAUACAGAUUAUUGCUUACCCACAUUUUCCCCAGAGAUAAACAUCAAGAAAACUUCUUAAGACCAAAAACAUCAUCUGGGAUAUAUACAUUAGAGGAAAAACUAACCUUGAUAUAUGUAAAACUUUACUGUUGCCAUCCAUAGUUAAUAGAAAAUAUCUGUUUGAGAAUUAUUUUCUUUUAAAAUCCAAAAGCCUGUCUUUCAAUUUUAUGAAUAAAAGAUUUUUUUAACUUUUUUUUUUUUAAUUUUAGAAACUAGCCAGCAUAUUUGCUAAGUCUUGGUAGUUGUUGACCAUAUUUUGAAUCAGAGUCUGUAUUUACUGAGUUAUUUUCUAAAUUAAUGGGAAUGCUUAGCAGGGGGAAUAAGGAGGUUUAUUGCCCUGCAAUACUGAUAAUGCCAGAGGAGUAUAUUACUCUUCUUUCUUUGUAAAUCAGGGCAUAUUCUGAGAUGACAAACCACGUGAUAACGUGCCAAGAUUCCAACUCUGCCUCGUGAUGUGGCUGCCUGAUUUCCUCCUGAUGCCUUUCAAGCAACUCCUGCUUAACACCCAAACUACAAUUUGCACAGCAUUUUAAAGGAUUGGGUUUAGAGUGUAUAUCACAGCGUAUUAAAAUUCACAUGAUUAGUGUGAAUGGGGGGGGGGGGGGGACAGGAGAGGGGAUUAACUUUUUUUUUUGUUGCUAGUGCCAAAAUACUGCCUUCUCUGUACAUUUUCUACUUACAGUCUCUGACAUGUCCUAAAAUAUCAAGGGGAAGAAAGUACCAAAGUUCAAGUAGUAAAUAAUGCCAGCACAGGUCAUUUUUCAGUCAUGUAGAUUUGCAGAUAAGGUUGCUUAGCUUUGUUGUUUAGCUGAGUUUUUUUUUUUCUCUUUGUAUAAUUAUAUUUAAACAUUUUUAAAUGGAUUUCUGGUUUCUGGAUUUUGAGAGGCCUGCUCUGUUUUUGUGGUUGUUGGUUUUUGUAACAUUCAUUAUUGUUUAUAUGUACACAGUUUAGUCUCACUGAUUUCAGAUGUGUCUUGUGAUGGCUCGACUCUCGUGACAGCCUUGUUGAGAGUAGUACUUAGCUUUUCUUCACCCUGGCUGAAGCUGCUGCCAUUAUCUGGCCCUAAAGACCCUUUGCUGACCACUGGUGCCCCAUGGGGAUCAUGACCAGGAGCCUGGGCUGGAUCUAGAGUCAGGCAGCCCAUAGAGCGUAAGCACCUAGACCUAGCCUUAUUGGGUGGGGUCUUGGGAUGAUAGGGUGGGAUACGAAGUGAAAGCCUUCACAUGAAAGUAAGGAGUGUGGGGUCCAAAUAUCCCAUCAACACAUCACGUAAAUGACAGGGACUAAGGAAGGUCUGUGACUCAUAGGAAGGAUGGCUGCUUCCUGGAACUGGUCCCACGGGGUCGGGCCCACUACAGUCCCCGUACGGCACUGACAGCCUUGAGGUGGAAAGUGCACGGGCCUAGGCUCAGCUGGUACUUCCAACAGCGUGGGUUUCACUGGCCCAGGCCCGGGUAGGGGGCCUUUUGUCUUUGGUGUCCACUAGGCUGCCCCAUUGUUUUAUUGCUCUAUUUUGUUGUCAUUGUACUUAACAGAAACUGUUGAUAGGGCCCAAAACCCUACAGAAAUUCUAUGUCUGUAAAAAACCAACAGAUUCACAGGACUUGUCUGAUCUGAAUGUAAAGACUUUCUGUUGAGUAGGUAAUUUCAAAUUUAAAUGUUUUAAAUGAUAAUCAGAGUUCCUUUUUACUUAUAACAUUAGAUUAUGUUUUAGAAGUGUAAUAAAUAAAAACUAUUGCUGCUUUA